GAGUAGUAGGAACUACGAUAACAUAAUUUUGUCCUACACGGAUGAGAUUGUGUGUAGAACGAGAAUGUACUUUGAAAGUCCAGUCUUGUAGUAAGUGUGCUAUCGUCUGUCCGCAUAAAAAAUAAAAAAAUAAAUUCAAAAGAAACGCGUUUGUCGAUCAUGACGAAUCUCACGCGCAUAUCCGGGAGUUUGCAUCGUUUGACAUUGAGAGUUUGUUCAACCUUACCACUGCCUUUCUUCGGGAAUAAUGUUUCAUAUUCACACAAUAUCACCAAAUCUGCAACUACUGUCAGAUGUUUUACAAGAAAAUCACGUCACAGAAGCAGUAUCAGACAUUACGCCUCAUCAGCACACCGAACUCUACGUAUUGGAUGCGCGUCGGGGUUUUGGGGUGAUACUGCAACGUCAGUUCCUCAGCUCAUAUAUGGUGGGAAAUUGGACUUCCUUGUGUUUGAUUAUCUGUCAGAAAUCACCAUGUCACUGCUCUCAGCAGCCAAAGCUAAAGCACCUAAUAUGGGAUACGCUCCUGAUUUCGUCCUUUCACUCACCCCAUUUAUUAAGGAUAUCAGCAAAAGAGGCAUUCGCGUGGUCAGUAAUGCUGGAGGUGUCAAUCCUCUUGCCUGUGGAGCAGCUUUACAGGAAGUAGUUAAAAAGGCGGGACUUGACUUGAAGGUAGCUGUGGUUACUGGCGAUGACCUGAUGCCAAAGAAAGACUCUUUGACUGAACUCAGGAUGACUGAUUCAGAGGGAAAGAAACCACUUCCAAAAACCGUUCACAGCAUGAAUGCGUAUUUUGGCGCCCUCCCCAUUAAACGUUGCCUGGAUCUCGGGGCUGAUAUUGUUGUGACGGGACGCUGUGUGGACAGCGCUGUGGUUCUUGGACCGCUGAUGCAUUCUGUACGGUUUGUCACGCAGGAGCGUUCUUCAGAUUUCUUGUACAACAGACAUUGUGUAACAGACUCAUCAGUAACUAACGACGAGUUGUUUGCCUGGGAAUCCAAUAACUAUGACCUGUUGGCUGCUGGAAGCCUUGCAGGUCAUCUGAUUGAGUGCGGUGCACAGGCCACAGGGGGGAUUUUCACAGACUGGCACACAGUUCCUGACUGGGAUAACAUGGGCUUCCCUGUGGUAGAAUGUUCUGCUGAUGGUUCAUUUACACUGUCCAAACCUCCAAAAACCGGUGGGCUCGUUUCAUUUGGUACAGUGGCAGAGCAAUUAGUGUAUGAGAUCGGAGACCCACAGCAUUACCUCUUACCUGAUGUGACAUGUGACUUCUCCAAUGUCACCAUUACUGAAAUCCCAGAUGUGGAUGGUGGAGCAGUGAAAGUAGAUGGUGCCAAGGGAUCACCUCCAUCAGGUGACUACAAGGUUUGUGCCACAUAUGUAGAUGGGUUCAGGGCGACUGCAGUUUGUCCUGUUGGUGGUCCGAGAGCUGUGGAAAAAGCCAGAAGAACAGCAGAGAGUAUUAUCAAAAGGACCCAGCAAAUUUUCAGUCAGCUGGGUUUGGAGGACUAUGCUGAAGUCAACAUUCAAGUUCUGGGCGCUGAGGACACAUAUGGACCACAUGCGGUCAAUAAAGGUCUUCGUGAGGCUGUGGUUUGGAUGGCCGUCCAUCACAGGCAGAAGAAAGCGCUAGAGUUUUUCUCCAGAGAGGUGGCACCAGCGGGAACAGGCAUGGCUCCAGGACUCACAGCUAUUGUGGGAGGGCGACCAAGAAUAUCACCAGUUCUGAAACCUUUCUUUUUCCUGCAUCCCAAAGCAGAUCUGGAGGUGCACAUUCAUGUGAAUGGGGAGCUUGUGGAGACACACAGAGAGGUGGUAUCAGACACUUCAUUAGCAGAAAGACAUGACCCCUCCCUCCCCUCAGAAGAAUACAGAGGAAACCCCACAGAUCUGCCUUCUGGGCCACAUACCUUCAGACUGGAGGAUUUAGCAUACACACGCAGUGGAGACAAAGGGGACUCUGCAAACAUUGGGGUUAUUGCAAGACACCCACUGUAUUUCCCCUACCUGAAAAAGUUUUUAACUGCUGAAGUUGUGGAGCAGUAUUUCCAACAUUUGAUCAGAAAGGAUCCGACCGAUGAACCCUCCGUCAUACGGUACGAAUUGCCUGGCAUUCACGGUCUGAACUUCAUUCUUCCAAACUCACUCGGAGGGGGAGGGGUGGCGUCUCUGCGCAGCGACCCUCAGGGAAAAGCCUACGGGCAAAUGCUGCUUGACUACAAACUGAGAGGCCUACCUGAUUUGAAAUCAAUGGUCGAUUAAAAACGGACAAAGACUGAAAGAUGCCAGUGGUGUGUUGAGAUUUCACAUUUUUAAAAAGUGCUUCAAAUGGAUAAUGUCAAAGAAUAGUAGUUUUAUAAUGUUUGAAAAUGUCCAGAUGGAUUAUAUUAUGAAGUUUGUAUAAUGUAAACAGUGUCUUCCGUUUUAGUUUGUGUCUACUAACAGUUUCCAAACUGUUCAAAUAAUUCCAUGAAAUGUGAACUUUUCAAACACAUAACUGUGCCUUUA